AUGAGCAGGGUGCAAUCAUUCAAUUUUCUUGACUUGCCUCAAGAGAUAAUCCUUCAUAUUCUGUCGUUUCUGGAUCUGCCUGACCUCGCAACUCUCUCUAAACUUCAUGGAUAUCUCGCCCUUCUGUCAUCUGACCCAGUGCUACAUCUCAUACGACUACGAGUAGUCGCGCCCUCACGCGUCAACCACUCCUUAUUCGCGCGAAACCCUCACGGGAUCCUACUCAGACCGACCAUCAUGGAUCUUGUGCACAGGCAUGUCAUCCGCGGACAUAAUAUCGAAAGGAGAUUACGCAUGGGCUUGUAUAUUUACACAGAACGUUCUGCGGAUCAGUACGGCAGUGGCCUGCGGCUGCAACGCCAACGUACCGCUCUUAUCAUUUCGUCUCACCUUCGAAGACGCGCGCCUGCACCUGUUGUCCUCAAGUUGAUGUAUCACUCUCAUAUUCUGCCUGACGUCGAAUCGUCCUUGCUCUCCGUUUCGCGGUCUUUGUUACCUGUGGUUAGACAGCUCAAGUGGUCCAUUCAGCGCGAUAAAUUGGCCAAUGAGGUGCGAGGCCUGAAUGGUGGUGCCCUUGGAUUGGGGAAUGUAGCACUUCCUUUGACCGGAAGCUUGGGUAGUUGGAUUGAGCUGAAAGGACAGAGUGUUGUAAGGGACUGUGAACGGGUACGCCUCGCGCUAUGCCCGGAUGUACGUAGGAUGGUAAAGUUUUAUGAAAGCUUGGGACACUGA